AUGCCUAUCCUCGUAGCCUCCUUUGUCGUCAUGUUGGGUACGCAGAUUAUCAAGAACCAGGAGCUGAAGGCGAAUUUCAGGGGUGUUAUGGCUUUAUCUGGCGAAAUCGGCCCAUCUGCUGUCUACCAAGGAUGCGUGGAUAUGGCAUCUCAGCGCAGUCUGGUGCCUCAGGAUAUAUUGAAUAAAAUGCAAUCGGAUAUGAAGCUCUGUCAAGCGGCACUCGCCGAUUGCAACUCCAAUGGUCCUGGGAAGCCUGCAGAGAAAGAUAAGUGUCUGAAGGCCGCGACGUUGUGUGAUACUGGUACUACUUUCCAACUGGAAAAGAUUCAUAGAAGCAUAUGCGAUGUGCGCACCAAAGCCGGCCGUGAAUACAAGUUCUACAAGUUCAAUCCUGGAGAUGCAGAGAAGCUUCUGAACAGCAAAAGUGUUCAGGAGGAGCUGGGAGUUGCAAAGAUCUUUAGGAGGAUGAACUAUGAAGUAUUCGAAGCUUUCAUACCCUACUCGGCUUAUGAUACAACAUACUUCGUGAAUGAACUACUAGAUCAAGGAAUAAAGGUAUUAAUCCUCAAUGGCGCUGAGGACUUCGUGACUAACUACGGCGGUACAGAGAAAUGGGUCUUCUCCUUGAAAGGUGAAAUCAAUUACGGUUUGAAGCUCGCCUCGUCCCCCCUUCGGACUCUCCAGGUGAUCAACUCGGGACAUUACAUGGUCUUAAACGCGCCAGGAGGAAUGCAGCGGGCAUUCAAUUCCUUCCUCUCUGGUGAACUCUGGGAAGGAUGA